AUGGAUCUCAUAGUGCAACUGCUGGGUACCCCUAAUGAGAACAUCUGGACGGGCUUCACUUGUCUUCCCCUAGUUGGACAGUAUAGUUUGAGGAAAAAACCAUACAACAAUCUGAAGAAUGAGUUCACCUGGUUGUCUGAUGCAGGGCUGUGUUUACUCAACCUACUCUUCAUGUACAAUCCCCUACACAGGGCCACAGCUAAGGACUGCUUGGAGAGUUCCUACUUAAAGGAGAAACCUUUACCUUGUGAGCCUGAUCUGAUGCCAACAUUCCCUCAUAACCUAAAUAAAAGGGCAGUCCCUGCUAUAGAGAGCCAAUCAAAACGCGUUAAAGUGUAA